AUGCUCGUCACAUCCAGACUUGGCACUUUGGCUACCAUAUAUCUGUCUCUUGAGACAGUGUUGGCAGUAACUUGCGGCUGCGGAAACUUAGACCUAUCCAAAUGGAAGCUUCAACUUCCCAUUGGAGAUCCUGGAAAGCCCCAAACCGUAUCAAGUGCCGACUUGUGCAAAGGCUUCACCAACCCGGAUUAUUUCUUCUUCGACUCCACCGGCGCCCUGGUUAUGAAAGUUCCGGGCUCGGCUGAUAGUUCCGGCUGUGUGACCACUACGAAUAGCAAGCACUGUCGAACAGAGCUUCGCGAAACCACUCCUAGCGUAUGGAGUCCCAAUGGCAAGACUAAUCGUCUGGCUGGUGAUCUCAAAGUGACCAAGAAUGACAAUGGCGAGGUUGUCGUUGGUCAGAUACACAUUGAUGACUCGAUCUCGUCCAAGCCCGUUGCUGAGCUCUACUAUGCUUCUUCUGGAAAACUGAGAAUGGGAGUUCAGACUUCACGAGAUGGCAAUCAAAAAAGCACAGAUAUUGACACGGUGCCCGUUGGACAGCGAUUUACCUAUGAGAUCCGCUACGAAGGCAACGUCCUGUCUGUGGGCAUCAAUGGGAAGACACCUAUUGUGCUGUCGACCUUUGAGUUGAAUGCUCCAGAUAGCUACUUCAAAGCGGGCAACUACGACCAAAGCGACAACCCUAUUGAAGUUCAUUUUUACAAGAUUCAGACUACGCAUGCCUAA